AUGUUACAGUCAGCCUUGGAACGAUUAGCUACGUACCGUGCCAACAACACCCGCGCUUCGCAAGAUAUAUUCCGCAAUGGACUUCUGGUGUUUCAGAAAGGCAGUUUCAAAAAAUUGGGAGAUGACGGCAAGCCAUUUCGCUGGACAUCCCUAGAACAACUCACAUUGGCCUCAAUAGACGUCGGACGACUCGAUAUAGCAGAUCAAUGCCUCCAGCUCAUUGCCGACAAAUUUCCCAACUCCCCACGCGUCGAUUGUCUUAUAGGUAUCCGAAUGGAAGCUACUGAGCCUCCAGAAACAGCCCUUAAAUACUACGCUGACAUACUCGAAGCCGACUCCGCCAAUGUUGCGAUCUGGAAGCGGCGAAUAUCGGUCCUGAGGAGAACAGGAAAGGUCGAAAAGGCUGCGAACGAACUCGUGCAAUUAUUGGACACGUUCUAUACGGAUGUUGAAGGGUGGCUAGAACUCGCAGACAUCUAUGCGUCGUGUAACCAAUAUGAUCAUUCCUUCCAGGCGCUCUCACAUGUUUUGCUCCUAACACCCCAGAAUCCUUUCUACGUUCUCCAAGCCGCUGAAACAGCCUACACCUCCGAAGACUUUUCUCUCGCCAUAAAGAUGUUCCUCACCGUCGUCGACAUGACCGAUGCUGAUGAUUCAGAACAGCUUUUGCAAGAGUCUACGCCUCUCGGGAUUACUGUACGAGCGUGGUUUGGCGUGAAACUCUGUGCUCGUCGGAUAGCACAGAAUGCAAACUUGAAGUCUCCAUCGAAUACCAGUGCACCGAAGAACCUGGAGUUACUAGAUGAGCUUGCCACGGAGCGUCUUCGAGUUGCAUACUCAAGUUCGGGUCAGAAGGGUGAGAUUGCGAAAGGGAGACAAGAGGUUUUCGCUUGGGUUGCGACUCCCCUUGCAUAGGCAUGCAGUUGAUUUCCUUUCUCAUUUGAGCUACGUCCAGCCCCAUCUUGUUCGCAUUUUUAAUGUUCACUUAGACAUGAUUAAGGGAAGAGAGACCUCUAUAGUACUAGUCAAGGAUGAUAGAUACCGAACUUUGAUUUAAGAUAGCACCGAUAGGUUGCCAAGCACGUGCUGUACCGAUCUUCCUGAAAGUCUUUGGGCCCACUUUAUUCACCACAAUCCAACGACGAACCGUAUGAGCUGGUUGCGAGGUGACGUCUACGAUCCAACAAUCCCCCAUUUGUGGAGGGCUGCUGCAAUGGAUCCAUGCCAAGACGACGAAUGGUGUGCUGUGGCCUUCGAUUUGGAAGCACAGAAUCCUCUUAUUCCACCCUGUAAUCUCAUAACCAUAAGUCAACUUU